UGUGUUAACAAAUUCCCUCCCUGUUUUUAUUCCCAAACAGCUGCCAGCUCAAAGUCAGCCUCCGGAGAUGCUUCACUCAGCAUCGAGGACACAAAUAAACUUCGAGCGAAACUUGGGCUGAAGCCUCUGGAGAUAAACACAAUCAAAAAGGAAACAGGCAGCAAGGAGGACCCCGUGGCCGCUGAGGUUAUCAACCCGAUUGUCCUGAGGCAGCGAGAGGAGAUCCGGGAGAAGCUAGCAGCUGCCAAGGAGAAGAGACUUUUAAACCAGAAACUAGGGAAGAUCAAAUCACUUGGGGAAGAUGACCCUUGGCUGGAUGAUACAGCUGCCUGGAUCGAGAGAAGCCGGAAGCUACAACUGGAGAAAGAGAUGGCUGAGAAGAGGGCCAAGCUCUUGGAAGAGAUGGACCAGGAGUUUGGCAUCAGCAGCCUCGUGGAGGAGGAAUUUGGGCAAAAGAAGAAGGUGGGCUACAGCUCAGAAGACCUGAAAGGCCUGACGGUGGAGCAUACCAUUGAUUCUUUCCAGGAGGGGGAGACGGUCGUUCUGACCCUCAAAGACAAAGGCGUCUUGGAGGAGGAGGGCGGUGAUGUGCUGGUGAACGUCAACAUGGUGGACAAGGAGAAAGCCAAGAAGAACGUGGAGCUGCGCAAGAAGAAGCCAGAGUACAAGCCCUACGAAGAAGAUGAGAGCGUGGACGACAUGGUGAUCUUCAAGCGCAAGAGCAUCCUGUCCAAGUACGACGAGGAGAUCGAAGGGGAGAAGAAGAAGUCCUUCAAGCUGGAUUCGGUGGGGAUGGCAGAUGGGUCUCGGGAGCGGGAGCUGCAGCACAUUCGGGACAGCCUGCACACUCGGGCCCAGACUUUGGACAUGCCCAGCCUCCACCUGGCCUCGGAGUACUACACCCCCGAAGAGAUGAGCACCACCUUCAAGAAGACUCGGCGGCGGGUGAAGAAGAUACGCAAGAAGGAGAAGCCCGUGAAGGCCAAUGACCUCCUGCCACUGUGCACCGAGGGCAGCGAGAGGGACUUUGGCUCCAGGACCCGGGGCCGGGGUAAACGGAAGGCGUCCGUGAAAGAGGAGGAAGAAGAAGAAGAAGAAGAAGAAGAAGAAGAAGGGGAGGGAUCCCCGACCUCCAGCAGAAACAGAGCUGGGGAGCAACUGCUCCAGUCAGAUGACAUCCGUGUGGAAAAAAUGGAGAUCAGCAGCGAUGAUGAGGAUGCCAUGCAAGGCCUGGACUCUCCCGCUGCGCUGGAGGAAGACGAGGCUGAGCUGGAGCUGCAGAAGCAGCUGGAGAAGGGGCGCAAGCUGAGGCAGAUCCAGCAGCUGAAGGACAGUGGCGAGAAGGUGGUCGAAAUAGUGAAGAGGCUGGGGCGUAGCCGGAGCCAGGAGGACGACGCUGAACUAGAGAAGAAGGGCGCCAUUGUCUUCAAUGCCACCUCUGAAUUCUGCCGCACGCUGGGCGAGAUCCCCACCUAUGGACUGGCUGGGAACCGCGAGGAGCAGGAGGAGCUUCUGGACUUCGAGCGUGAUGACGAGAGGUCAGCCACAGGGGGCUCUGACUCUGAUGGCGAGGAGAACAUUGGCUGGAGCACUGUCAACCUGGAUGAAGAAAAGCACCAGCAGGAUUUCUCAGCCUCCUCCACCACCAUCCUGGAUGAGGAGCCCAUUGUCAACCGGGGCCUGGCAGCUGCCUUGAUGCUGUGCCAGAACAAAGGCUUGCUGGAGACCACAGUACAGAAAGUGGCAAGGGUAAAGGCGCCAAACAAGUCGCUGCCAUCGGCUGUGUAUUGCAUUGAAGACAAGAUGGCCAUCGAUGAUAAAUACAGCCGGCGAGAAGAGUAUCGGGGCUUCACACAGGACUUCAAGGAAAAGGAUGGCUACAAACCAGAUGUGAAGAUAGAAUAUGUGGAUGAGACGGGGCGCAAACUCACACCCAAAGAGGCCUUCCGACAGCUGUCUCACCGCUUCCACGGCAAAGGCUCUGGGAAGAUGAAGACAGAACGGCGCAUGAAGAAACUAGACGAGGAGGCGCUCUUGAAAAAGAUGAGCUCUAGUGAUACCCCCCUGGGCACGGUGGCUUUGCUGCAGGAGAAGCAAAAGGCCCAGAAGACGCCGUACAUCGUGCUCAGUGGCAGUGGCAAGAGCAUGAACGCAAACACCAUCACCAAGUGAAACACCAGCUUCCUGCUGCUGGAGGGAGUUCUGCGCAUGGGCCAUGCAAAGAAGGUCUCCGUCUUUUGCUCCUUGUGGGAAUCUUGUUCAUAUGGGCCUGGGCUCACUGAUUCUCUGUGUAUAUAGUUGUGGAGCUUAGUUUUUAAGCACCAACCUUUUUUUUAUCUAUAUAUGACAGCGGAUAGCUUGAAUAAAAUUAGCUGAUU